AUGACUCGAGAAAUGUUUUACUCUUUCAAUACUUUUAAUGAUUUGUGCCCAUUUUUAAAAUGUACUUGCGGAUUACAUUCUACCGGACGUCCAUCGUUUUCCCUAGAAUCAACACUUAAGCAAUCUAACAAAACCCCAAUGCCUAUUAAAUUUGAAAAAUGGAAGAGCCUUCUGGAGUGCAUUCCGUCUAUUUAUCAUGGUUUUUACAAAAACAUGAUCCACCAAAAAUCUAAAGAAAAAAAAGCAGAAAAAGACACAACAGCAACUACUAAACGAGAACCAGGUCCCAGUAAUACUAAAGGGGCAAAUAAUGUAGAAUCGGAUGAUGCAGAGGACUUUGAUGAUCAUGACCUUGAUUCAGAUUAUGAAUAA